AUGGCUCUUCUCUUGGAUAAUCAGUUCCCACCGCUUCCCGACAAUAAAGAAGUCGAUACGAAAAUCUUUUUGGAGUCUGUCUCACAUCUUCCGCCUUUCUUCGACUGCCUAGGUUCAAAAGUUUUUGCUCCAGUCAAAUCUGACAUCAGUGGAAACAUCAUUAAAAUCAAGGCGGUCUACGACUCAGACCCUGAGAAGUAUGCGACACUGCAGCAGAUCCUCGAGGCGGAGAAGAUCACGUAUGGAGCGGAGUGGCCCAAAGCGGGCGCCACACUGGCGCUCAUGUGGUUAAAGAGAGGCCUUCGCCUCAUUCAGGUUUUGUUGCAAAGUCUGGCCGACGGGGAGAAAGACGAGAACAACCCCAACCUCAUACGCGUCAACAUCACCAAAGCCUACGAAACAGCGCUCAAAAAAUACCACGGCUGGCUGGUCCAGAAAAUCUUCCAGGCUGCUCUGUAUGCUGCUCCUUACAAAUCGGACUUUCUUAAAGCCCUAUCUAAAGGACAGGAGACUUCCGAGGAAGACUGUCUUGCCAAAGUCCGGCAGUUCUUAGUCAACUUUACUGCCACCGUGGAUGCUAUCUACGAGAUGUACACAACUAUGAAUGCAGAACUGGACUAUAAAGUAUAGAAUCUCCACCAAUCACCACCGAGCUCGUCCCCUCUCAGGUCACUGAACGUAACAUUCAGAUAACACCACCAGAACGUGACUC